GGUUUCCCCCACGGAGGCUGCAGCGGGCGGAAGCCGCGGUUUGCAAAGAGGUGCAUGGCGCUGAGUGGAGAUGGCGCAGCUCCGGCUGUAUCCCGGGAGCUGCUUUCCGCGGGGAGCGGAGGAGGUAUUCAUGAGACACUAUUGCUAAAUUCAAAGCAUGCUAAGAAGAAAGCCAUGAGCUUACAGACGGUCAGGCUUCCAAGGAGCAACCUUUUGGACAGGGUGCAGAACUUUCUACCACAGAUGGCCAAUGCAAAUGACGAGCUAAGAAGAGAAAUGGAAAGCACCCCUGUUCAAGAGUUUGAUAUCGAACACGUGGAUGCUUCAGUUGAAAAAGUCAUUGAAAUGAAUGUGGCUUUGGUUGAGCUGAACAGCUCUGAUACAGAGGAAGAAGAUUCAGCCUCAGAAGAUAACUCCGAAAGCGAGGACAGUUCUGUUUGUGAAGAAGUGACCGUCGACAACAUUAAGCUUCCUAAAGCAAAAGGAGAAGGCAGAAUAGAAAUUUUGGACACUAGAAGUACUGAGUAAAUGUUCGCCAUCUCAGAUUUCAAUUCAUGUUAUGAGCAAUGUAUCAUAACUUUAAAAAAAAAAUUCUCUUGAAAAGCUUGUUUGUUUCCAGGUGUACUACCUGCAGACUGUCUCGCUCUUUGCAUCUCUCAUUCCCAAGAGGCAUGGAAGAUCACUUCAGUCCAAGCCCCAAGAUGAAAAAGGGGGCAGGUGGGGGGAGGAAGCAUUGAAUCAGGCAGACAGAAAAUACCCCUGUCAGGCCAAUUGGUGCUUUAAAUUGUAUUCUUAUUUAUUGAUGGAAGCAUGUAGAUUCUUCUAGUUAUUGGAGAGUCUUGUUUAGCUGCUACCCUGAAUACCUUUCAAAUUGGGGUGACCUGUGUGGUGAGUGACUCUUGCGUGUUACUAUGCAACAGCUUCAGCAUGGCAGCUGUAACCUAAGAGCUGAUCUUAGGUCUGCUAUAAGGGGGAGAGAGGAUUGCAUUGGCCUCUUAAGGGGAGGUUCCAGCUGUGGAUAGGUAGCAGCAGCAGGGCCGGUCAAAACAUUCCUUGUACAUACAGGGGAUCAUGAGGGAAGCUGCUGAAAGUCCUGUAGCCUAUUUUUCUGAUCCCAAACAUAUAUGUGUAAAUGCUCAGAUUAAGGUCAAACUAUCUAGCCUUACACCGGAAGUUUUUUUCCUAAAAAUUCUGCAUGGUGGUUGUGUGGUUGGGCAGCAGUCCUAUUACGCAUUUGAAAUUGGGAUAUUUCCCAUGUUUUCAU